UGGCCGACGCCCUCUGCCGGCUGCUGCCGACCAAGCAGGCGCCGGCCGACGCACGUAGCCUACUGGUAGAGCUGCUGAGCGGCGACGAGGCGAUGGCGGCUGUGUACCGGCGGGGCGAGGGGGCCGUCUACCGCGCCGUCCGCCGCUGGCUGGCCGCCGCCGACCAGCCGACCGCCGACGAGGAGCUCGUGGCGUGCGCGUGCCACGCGCUCGGCAACUUCGCGACGAACGAUGACCACGCCCUUGCGAUGGUUCGCGCCGGGGUGCACCGUGACCUGGUGACCCCGCUGACCUCGGACAGCAUUCGGCUGCAGAUGGCCGCCCUCAGUCUUCUGCGCAACCUCAGCCUGCCGGCGGAAAACAAAAUGGCGCUGCUGGAGGCCGGUCUGCUGGGCACGCUGCUCGGACUUUGUGUGGUCGAGCAGCCGGUGCUGUUCAAGUAUUACGGCACGCUGCGGCUACUGGCGGGCGACAGUGGCGCCGCUUGUGGCGAGCUGGCGAGUCGGCCGGGCCUGCUGCGCCAGCUGGCGGCGGACGGGUGCCGGGACGGUCCUUACGGGGUACAGCACGAGGCGGCCCGCCUGCUGGCCAGAGUCGUCCGCACGGCCAGGAGCGAGGUGGCGUCACGCGCUGUGAUCGAGGCCGACGGACACGGCAGCCUGGUGCGCCUGCUGCAGUCGGACAGCGCCAUCAUGGUCAACGAGGCCAUCAUGGCGCUGUGUCUCACCGCGCCGCACACGCCGCCGCAGCUGAUUCUCAGCUCGGAGUUUGUGCCGGCGCUGAGUCGAGUCAUGACUCAGGACUCGUUCCCGGUCCAGGUCAGGGAGAACGCCGUCACACUGCUGCAGCUGCUCAGGUCAAAAGAGGACGACGCGCUGCGAGAGAGCCUGCGCCGGGUGCCCCAGCCGGACCUGAGUGGGACAGUGGACCGAUAGGUGGCGCCUGCCGCGAGCCCGCGCGCUACAGCGCGGAGCAUGGCCGCGCUCGAGCUCCGGCGGCUCUCGGUCCCGCCCUCGGGUGUGUGUUGAGCAUCACAAUCAACAAGCUCCUGGAUCGCCAAGAUUUUAAUGGCAACACUCCAACCUUACAGGGGUCGGCGCGGCGGCGAACGUGGACGAUAUUUCCUGCGGGAUGUCGAGGAGAGCCGGCCGGUACCAGUGCAUGCCUUUGAUGAGCCUUGGACUGGCGGCUGAGCAGUUUUUUUUAGUUCCCUUGCACAUCGCAAGAUGGCAGUACCUGUGCACACCUGACUUGGCACUCGUGUCAUUGGGGCCUUACGACAUGCUCAGCUGUCGAGGACUAUCUGGUGUCGCCUGCCCCUCACUCCGGCAGAAAGGGCGGGUACCGCGGGGAAUCGAACCCCGUACCUCUGGUGUCCCAGACAUGUAGUGGCUAACGUAGACGCGGUAACAACUACACCAUCGGCAUCAGAGUUGUCAGACUCGCUCCCGCUCCUUGACGCACUGUUCUGUGGAGAUGCCUUGUGCGUUACGCGUUGUUCGCAUGGCAUUUGACAUUUUUCUAUCUCCGUCAAGGGGCGUUACCCGCCCUCGCUCCGCUUAACGGCGUAUGCUGUGUGUGACGUCAUUCCAUGUGCUCUGUCGUGUGUGUGACGUCAUUCCAUGUGUUUUGUCGUGUUGUUAAGCGGCUAACCAGAUGUUGCAUACAUCGUGCCAAGCGUGGUUACUCUACCAGCGACCUCAGUCGAGGACUAUGCACUGUCUGCUCUGUUCAGCCGUGGGCGGAUCCCCCACCGCCACGGGUCGGAUCAUGCCACAGCAGGACCCUCAGCCUCCCAGGCCGUCCGCCAUAUAUGCCGCCUGCGCCACUCCGCUGCCGUCGCUCUCCGGACCUCCGCCGUCGGGCCCUCUCCAGCCGGGCCGUCGCCCCCCCCCCCCCC